UUUCAGAAAUAAUGGCUAGCAGUGGAGGUGAAUGGCUUUCAAUAGAGGAUCUCAUGGAAAAGAUAAGCAACAAAUCAGCUCAAGAGCGUAGGAUGUCACAAGCCAAUCAUCUCUCCUACUCUGCUCGAAUGAGAGGUCGAUCCAAACAACCGAUUUACUCUUCAGAUAAGCGAGCAAAGUUCACUCAGAAGGACAGCCAGAAAUGGAUAAGGUUCAUCACGGUACUUGGAUACAUUCUUUCUGUAUCAUUACCAGCAAUUUCAUUGAGUGUAUACUACAUUUACAUUUGGGAUCCAGGAUAUAUAACUAAGUACCCGGCGGACCCAAUUAAUAAAACCGUCACCAUUCAUAAAUCUCCAAUCUUGUCACAAAAAGUCGAACGAGAUCUUCUACCAAUGGCUACAACUAUCGAACAAAAAGUUGCAGAAUCUAAACAAAUUGAUUUGGCUUCAAUAUUACAAGAUGGUUUGAAAUCAAUGGAAUCAAAAGAGAGAACAAGUUCGGACAAUGGAUGAAUAUAAAAAUAGUCUAAUACGAUCUCAAUAAUUAUUAUUUUACCACCUCUUUCUUCUUUGUUACUGGUAAUUCUCUUUCUCUCAUUCUUUUUCUUUUAAAAUACAAUAAGAUUUACAUAAAGAAAAUAUUUUUA